UCUGGAGCGGCGGGUUCGGCGGGUGCUCCGGCUGCUGUCCGCUCCGCCCGAAGCGCCAAGGAACCGCGCAGGGGCCCGCAGCCCUCCUCCUCCAUGAGGCCCGAGUGAGCGCGGCGGCGAGAGCCGGCCCGCGGCGCCUCCCCCCCCCCCGCGUCCUCUCCCGAGCGCAGCGGCAGCGGCCCCCGGCGGCGGAGGAGGAGGAGCAUGUCGGACGGUUUCGAUCGGGCCCCAGGUGCUGGUCGGGGCCGGAGCCGGGGCCUGGGCCGCGGAGGGGGCGGGCCUGAGGGCGGCGGUUUCCCGAACGGAGCGGGGGCUGCUGAGCGGCCGCGGCACCAGCCGCCGCCGCAGCCCAAAGCCCCGGGCUUCCUGCAGCCGCCGCCGCUGCGCCAGCCCAGGACGGCCCCGCCGCCAGGGGCCCAGUGCGAGGUCCCCGCCGGCCCCCAGAGGCCUCCCCGGCCCGGGGCGCUCCCAGAGCAAACGAGGCCCCUGAGAGCUCCACCUAGUUCACAGGAUAAUAUCCCACAGCAGAACUUGGAGUCAGCAAUGGCUAAACCCCAGGUGGUUGUAGCUCCUGUAUUAAUGUCUAAGCUGUCUGUGAACGCUCCUGAAUUUUAUCCAUCAGGUUAUUCUUCUAAUUAUACAGAAUCCUAUGAAGAUGGUUGUGAGGAUUAUCCCACUCUAUCAGAAUAUGUUCAGGAUUUUUUGAAUCAUCUCACAGAACAGCCUGGCAGUUUUGAAACUGAAAUUGAGCAGUUUGCAGAGACUCUGAAUGGCUGGGUUACAACAGAUGAUGCUUUGCAAGAACUUGUAGAACUCAUCUAUCAACAGGCCACAUCUAUCCCAAAUUUCUCUUACAUGGGAGCUCGCCUGUGUAAUUACCUGUCCCAUCAUCUGACAAUUAGCCCACAGAGUGGCAACUUUCGUCAGUUGCUGCUUCAAAGGUGUCGGACUGAAUAUGAAGUUAAAGAUCAGGCUGCCAAGGGGGAUGAAGUGACUCGAAAACGAUUCCAUGCAUUUGUACUCUUCCUGGGAGAACUUUAUCUUAACUUGGAGAUCAAGGGAACAAAUGGACAGGUUACAAGAGCAGAUAUUCUUCAGGUUGGUCUGCGGGAGUUGCUGAAUGCCCUCUUUUCCAAUCCUAUGGAUGACAACUUAAUUUGUGCAGUAAAGUUACUGAAGUUGACAGGGUCAGUUUUGGAAGAUGCUUGGAAGGAAAAAGGAAAGACUGAUAUGGAGGAAAUUAUUCAGAGAAUUGAAAAUGUUGUCCUAGAUGCAAAUUGCAGCAGAGAUGUGAAACAGAUGCUCUUGAAGCUUGUAGAACUCCGGUCAAGUAACUGGGGUAGAGUCCAUGCAACUUCAACAUACAGAGAAGCAACACCUGAAAAUGAUCCUAAUUAUUUUAUGAAUGAACCAACAUUUUAUACCUCUGAUGGUGUUCCUUUCACUGCAGCUGAUCCAGAUUACCAAGAGAAAUAUCAAGAGUUACUUGAAAGAGAAGAUUUUUUUCCAGAUUAUGAAGAAAAUGGGACAGAUUUAUCAGGGGCUGGUGACCCAUACUUGGAUGAUAUUGAUGAUGAGAUGGACCCAGAGAUAGAAGAAGCUUAUGAAAAGUUUUGUUUGGAAUCAGAGCGUAAGCGAAAACAGUAAAGCUAAAUUUCAACAUACCAGUUUUAUAAAGCAGUUUAGGUUAUGGUGAUUUAGCAGAACACAGGAAAGCAGGAAAAUGUGUCACACUUAUACCAAAUUAAGGAUGUUGAGUUAUGUUACUAAUGUAUGCAACUUUAAUUUUGUUUAACACUAUCUGCCAAAAUAAACUUUAUUCCCUAUAACUUAAAA